CGCAGUUAGAGACGUUCACGACGAAGAACGUAAACAGGAAGUCACCAGAAACAAUUGGUGGGUUUUGUUGACGAUAAAGUCUAUCGUUAUUAUUCUUAAUAUUGUUUGGGAGCCACAAAGCAACUCAAAAUGGGGAAGCGACAGCACCAAAAAGACAAAAUGUACAUCACAUGUUCUGAGUACACACACUUCUAUGGAGGGAAGCAAUCAGUCAUCCCACAAGCAAACUUCAGACGGCUUCCAUUUGACCACUGCAGCUUGUCCCUGCAGCCGUUUGAGUAUCCUGUCUGUACCGAGGAGGGAGUCGUCUUUGAUCUGCUGAGCAUCGUCCCUUGGAUCAAGAAGUAUGGUACCAAUCCAAUCUCUGGAGAGAAACUGGAAGCAAAGUCCCUCAUCAGACUUAACAUUGCUAAGAACAGCGAUGGAAAGUAUCACUGCCCCGUUCUGUACAACGUCUUCACAAAUAACUCUCACAUCGUGGCCAACAAAGUCACCGGCAAUGUGUUCUCCAAUGAGGCUGUUGAGCAACUCAACAUUAAGACCAAAAGUUUUAGAGACCUGCUGACCGACGAACCCUUCACUAGAAAGGACAUCAUAGUACUUCAGGACCCAACAAACCUGGAUAAGUUCAACGUGUCCGACUUCUUCCACGUGAAAAACAACCUGAAAGUGUUGGAUCCCGAUGAAGAAAAGGCCAAGCUGGACCCGGCCUACCACCUGAAAACGACCAACAUGGAGACCAGGGAGACCUUAGCGGAGCUGUACAAAGACUACAAGGGGGACACGCUCCUGGCUUCCACUAUGAAGGAGACGGUGGCCAAGAAGACAGACAAAUUGAACGCUGCUCACUACUCCACAGGCAGAGUUUCUGCCUCCUUCACAUCAACGGCCAUGACUCCUGCAACAGUACACGUAGCAGAUGCCAUCGCAGACGACACGGUGCGUUACCAGUAUGUGAAGAAGAAAGGCUACGUCCGUCUGCACACCAACAAGGGAGACCUGAACCUUGAGUUGAAUUGUGAUAAGGUUCCUAAAGCUGGAGAGAACUUCAUCGGUCUGUGUAAGAAAGGCUACUACGAUGGGACAGUGUUCCAUAGGCUCAUCAGGAACUUCAUGAUUCAGGGAGGGGACCCCACUGGCACCGGUACAGGAGGGGAAUCCUUCUGGGGGAAACCUUUCAAGGAUGAGUUUCGGCCCAACCUGUCUCACACUGGCCGAGGGGUUCUCAGCAUGGCCAACUCUGGUCCAAACACCAACAAAUCUCAGUUCUUCAUUACGUUCCGGUCGUGCGCCUACCUUGACAGGAAGCACACAAUCUUUGGAAGGAUUGUUGGUGGAUUUGAGGCGCUUACAGCCAUGGAGAAUGUGGAGAGUGAUCCCAAGUCUGACAAACCAAAGUCGGAGAUCAAGAUCAUAACUGCCACUGUGUUUGUGGAUCCGUACGAAGAGGCUGACGCUCAGAUCGCAGCAGAGCGAGCGCAGGAGUUGCAGAAGCAGGAGGACGAGAGGCAGCAGACCAGCGUCGCCCUGAAGAAAGCUAAGGAGGAAGAGGCGCCGAAGACCUUCAAAGCGGGUGUGGGGAAAUACAUCAACCCUAGCACAACGAAACGAUCGGCUCCUGCAGAUGAAAGUGGGCCGUCCACCAGCGGAGCGGUGCCUAAAAAGUCCAAAGGCAAGACCAACUUCGGAGAUUUCAGCUCCUGGUAGCACCGACACAUUGAGCAUUCAGUCUAGAUUCUUACUGGUCAGGUUGAGCACAACAAAAUGGUCAUUUAUACUUUUGUCUCUCAGUAGUAUUGGCGUCAUGUGAAACGAUUAAAGUUACUUUUUACAAACAUGA